CAGAGGAGACUAGUGCCUUUUCCCCCUCGCUGCCCCCUUUCCCUUUCCGUUUGUUCCCCACUUCACACGAUCCAUCCAUCCAUUCGCUGCCUGCCGCUUUCCUCGACCCAGUCGCAAAGCCGCGACCUUUCCUUCCAGUUCCACUCUCCCUUCCUCUUCCUCAGCCCGAGUGCCGCGGCGUACGCGUGUCCACCUUCCUUCUGCAAAAGGAUCGGAGAUUCGGAGGGCUGGCCUCGCACUAGCACUAGCUGUCUGCGCCUGUGUCUGGGAGAGGAAAAGGGAGAGGGUUGUUGGAUCUGACUCUCUCUCACUCGCUGCGCCUCUCUCUCUUUUUGCGCGGCCGGCGGCGGAUUCCAGCCUUUUCUUCAAAUUCGCAGCAGGGACAGAUCGAUGCUGCCCAGCAGCAGGAGCAGGCCGCAGCCCAGACCCGCCGGCAGAUCUUGGUCCUUCUCAGAGAUGGACUUCUCCGACCCCAAGCGCAAGCCGAGGUACCUCAGCAAGGUAAUCAUGGCCGCGCUGCUCAUCGCCAUGUGCGUCGUCAUGCUCACCCAGCCGCCCUGCCAUAGGAGGCUCCCCAGUGUGUUCUCCAUCCACGAGCCUGGAGUAACACAUGUGCUGGUGACGGGUGGUGCUGGCUACAUUGGUUCGCACGCUGCUCUUCGGUUGCUGAAAGACUCCUUCAGAGUCACCAUUGUGGAUAAUCUUUCAAGAGGAAAUAUCGGGGCAGUCAAGGUUCUUCAGAGCUUGUUUCCUGAGCCUGGGCGACUGCAAUUUAUAUAUGCUGACUUAGGGGAUCCAAAAGCUGUUAAUAAAAUAUUUGCAGAAAAUGCAUUUGAUGCUGUCAUGCACUUUGCCGCCGUCGCUUAUGUGGGCGAGAGCACGCUUGAGCCUCUCAGGUACUACCAUAACAUCACUGCAAAUACUCUAGUUGUGCUAGAAGCCAUGGCGACACACGAUGUGAGAACUCUGAUCUACUCUAGCACUUGUGCCACCUAUGGUGAACCUGAGAAGAUGCCUAUCACUGAAGAAACUCCCCAGUUUCCAAUCAACCCGUAUGGUAAGGCCAAGAAAAUGGCAGAGGAUAUCAUUUUGGACUUCUCCAAGUCCAGGAAAUCAGACAUGUCAGUGAUGAUUCUAAGAUACUUCAAUGUCAUUGGUUCUGACCCAGAAGGCAGGCUGGGUGAGGCUCCACCACCUGAAUUGCGUGAGCAUGGCCGUAUAUCUGGUGCAUGCUUCGAUGCAGCACUAGGGAUAAUCCCAGGUUUGAAGGUGAAAGGUACCGACUAUGAGACGUCCGAUGGCACUUGUGUAAGAGAUUACAUUGAUGUCACUGAUCUGGUUGACGCCCACGUGAAGGCGCUGAACAAGGCAGAAAGAGGCAAAGUUGGCAUAUACAACGUUGGCACUGGAAGAGGUAGGUCAGUGAAGGAGUUUGUGGAAGCUUGCAAGAAGGCAACAGGGGUUGACAUCAAGGUCGACUACUUCAAUCGCCGCCCCGGUGACUACGCAGAAGUGUACAGCGACCCUGCAAAGAUCAACCGUGAGCUGAAUUGGACAGCACAGCACACGGAACUCCAAGAGAGCCUCAGGGUCGCAUGGACUUGGCAGAAGAAGCACCGGAGUGGCUACGGACCGCCUCAGGCUAUGAUUUUGUGAAGAGGUUUACUUUACCAUGUAGCAUGAUCUGUUGGCUGAAGAUUUAGGUGGAUAUAUUCCUAGGAAUGUUCCUCAAGGGCUGUACUGGCUCAAUAUAUAGCUCAUAUGGUCCAUUCGUUCGAUUCUUGAGAUUUCAUAUUUAUGGGAGAUAAUAGUAGUUCCUUGUGAUAUUGAUAUGACAGUAUAUAAUGAAAAUCCGAUAAGUUAUUCCCUGAUUA